GAUUGAUUUGUCUCGCGCAAAACUUCUUGUGGUGCACAUCGACAAUUCCUCAACCCCCGCCAAACCGACGACGACGACAAGCCCGCCCAACCCAUCCUCCCCAAACACCCCCAUACACAACCGCAAAAAUGCCUGGCGGAGUCAAUGUUCGCGAUGUUGAUGCGCACAAGUUCAUCAACGCCUACGCCGCUUUCUUGAAGCGUCAGGGCAAGCUCCCUAUCCCUGGUUGGGUUGACACCGUCAAGACCGGCCCCGCCAAGGAGAUGCCUCCCCAGGACAUCGACUGGUUCUACGUCCGUGCCGCCUCGGUCGCCCGCCACGUCUACAUGCGCAAGACCGUUGGUGUUGGCCGUCUCCGCAAGGUUCACGGCACUGCCAAGAACCGUGGAAGCCGCCCCUCGCACCACGUUGACGCCUCCGGCAGCGUCGACCGCAAGAUCAUGCAGUCGCUUGAGAAGAUUGGCAUCCUGGAGCAGGAUGAGGAGAAGGGAGGCCGCCGCAUCACCCAGGCCGGCCAGCGUGACUUGGACCGUAUCGCCAUGACGGUCGCUGAGGCUGAGGAGGAGGAGGAGGAGGAUGACGAGUAAAUGUCCCAUCAAAAUCGUCUUUCUUUUGGCUUGGUCACUGGGAGUUUGUAUGCAUUCUUGGCAUUUAGGGUUCACGGCGUAACAAAAUGGGUCUGGGGUCUGUCUUUCGGCAUGAGCAAUCGAUCGUCUUCUUCCGCCUUUACCUGAACCCAGCGUCGGUAGCUAGUGAUGCUUACCGAUUAUGAUUAAUGCUGAGUCCAUCGUCUCCCA